CCGCGGAGGUGACAAGUGCGGGCAGCCGCCACAGCGCGCUGCGGCCCGGGCUGCCGGGGCUGUGCGAGACCCUGGAUCCCGCAGGCUCGGCGUCCUGGGAGGUGCGAGCAGAGAGCUGCUGCAAUGGAAGUCAAAAAGCUGUAGCUAAACCUUUUCACUUAGCGAUACAGUGAAAGGAAGCAAGGGCCCUGGUGAUCUCCCUUGAAUAAUGGGGAGAACUCACAGAAAAAAAGCCAGCCAAACAAGACUUACCUAGUUAGGAAAAGCUGGCUGCUGAAGAGAAAAUGACAUCUCUAGAAAAAGUUGAUGAUGCCUCGGCACCCAUUCGAGGACCUGGAGAUGGCAUGGAAACAGAGCAAACAGCUGGAUCAGUGGAAGUAAUCACUGGAGCCAACACUACAAGCCAUCACAUCCACCACAGCCCCCGCAGAAAGACAGCCUCUUCCCUGAGUCCUGGAGUUCUGCAGCUUGGGAAAGUACAUGCAGAUAAAUCAGUGGAGAUUGAAGCUAUUAGAAUAUUAGUCCCCAAAACAGCCAUCACCCAUGUUGUUCCAACUAAAAAUGCUAAGGUAGCUAAAUCUGUGGGACAUAAAGGAGACACAUGCCAUCAGUCAGAUGGUACCACAGAUUCCAAGAAAGAACAGAUAGAGCUGAAAAAUGCAAUUGAAAAGCUAAAGAAUUCAGAAAAGCGGUUGUUACAGGAUAAAGAAGGUCUCUCUAAUCAGCUGCGUAUACAGACAGAGGUCAAUCGGGAGUUGAAGAAAUUACUUGUUGCUUCUGUUGGGGAUGAUCUGCAGUAUCACUUUGAACGGAUGGCUCGUGAGAAGAAUCAGCUCAUCCUAGAAAAUGAAGUCCUGGGCCGAAAUAUGGCUCAGCUGUCUGAACAACUGGAGCGCAUGUCUAUACAAUGUGAUGUGUGGAGAAGCAAAUUCCUAGCAAGCAGGGUGAUGGCUGAUGAGCUGACCAAUACCAGAGCAAUUCUUCAGCGCCAAACCAGGGAUGCACAAAGUGCAAUCCAGGACUUGCUGAAUGAACGCGAUCAGUUCCGUCAGGAGAUGAUUGAUACACACAAGCUGCUGGAGGAACUCAUGGUCUCUCUUCAGUGGGGGAGACAACAGACAUACUAUCCUAGUGCCCAGCCUUACACUACAACAGAGCUAGCAGCUGUGAAUUGUAAGCUAUCCAAAGCUGUAAGCUCACAUCUUCUAGGAAAUGUUGGCACUAACAGUCCAAAGAAGACUUCAGCUGUGGAGUUUUGCAAUACUCCUGCUGAGAAAAUGGCUGAAAUGAUGCUACGUGUGCUGGAUCCAGCUGCGCAUCCAGAAACAUCAACAGAAGUUUCUUUUUCUGAGACUUCUUCUUUCCUUUCCACAAAGAAAAGUAUUGGAAGGUUUCACCCAUAUACAAGAUAUGAAGAUGUCACCUUCAAUUGUUGUAAUCACUGUCAAGGAGAGCUAAUAGCCCUUUAAAAGCCCAGCCAAGGCAGCUGCUCUUUCUGAAGAAUUACACUAGUUGAUAUUCAGCAGGCUUCCCUUCAUCCUUUUUCUGUAAUGGGUGGGUUUGGCAUUGGAAAUCAUGCAGUUUCUGCUUCUCUACCUCUUGAAGUUAGGGAUUGACAGGAUUUCCAUAGUCUCUGGGAUACUUCUACUACUUCUCAAUAGGGAAAGCUAUUUAUUUUCUUAUACAAGACAAAAACACAUCAUGCUGGUCCAAUUUAUAGAGCAUAGAGAUGCUCUUGACUAUUUAACAUUUAUAGGCUUAUUAGCAAAUCUUAAUGAAUUUCCCUUUAGAGGGAGACAGAAGUGUAACUGUACCUAAGCAAAUGAAGUGCUGAUCAGUUAUGUCUAAAUUUAAAAAUAAUGGUAAAUGGUCAGUUACAUGCUAUUUUUUUUUAUUUUAGCCGAGGUGAUGAACUGGCCCCAAGUCGACAUUCUACAUUUUAAAUUUAGUUAUAAAAAGGAGUAUGUGCAAUGAUUCUUCAUAGCUGUAAGUUCUGAAAGCAAGAGUAUAAGCAAUGUCACCCCUCCUGUCAAGAAGGAGAUGAAGCCUGAAUGAACUCUAGCUAUAAUAUAUAAGUAGUAACUUCUUUCAAGUGGAUUCUAGAAAACUCUGUGGGGUGAGAUUAUUUUUGUGUUUCCAUAGAGCUGAAAAAAUGGCUUUUCCAUUGUGUCAGCUUCUAGAGUGAAGCUGCUGCCUAGCUGGUCCUCAGCAAAGGCAGACUGACAUACUUCCUUUAAUACAUAGCACUGAAUCCUGGCCUGGCAUUAGGACUAAGUCCUUGCCCAAGGUCUUCCUAGAUAUUAUAGGGAGAUGAAAAUAAGCACUAAGUUUGCACAGGUACUGUUAAAAAAAAAAGUAUUUUUUUACUUGUAUGGUUUUAUAAUCUUGAUGUAGAUUUGAAGUUCUUGACACAGGUUUGAAGCGAACUUUUAGGAGACAAUCUGCUAAAUCCAAAGAAGCCUAUUUAAGUUUCUUAGUUUGACCCCCAAAUUUACCAUAUGAAGCUGUCUAGUUUAGGGAAAAAGUUUCUGAAAUGGUUGCUUUUACCCAAUUUUCCUUUGAGUCUCAUACCCAUGAUCAGAAUAUGUAAGCUGUAAGUUCUUGCUGUUGCUGGCUCUGCUUUGGUUUACAUGAAGAAAGCUACAAUAAACUUCUUUUGCUUGCUUUCGAGUUACAAUUUUGGAUUUAAUGAAGUCACAUUUCUGACCCUGUUUCCUCUGUAGCAUAAAAGGAACAUAUAUGACACUCAACUGUAUAACCCUUCAUUCUUCUGGUGUGAGGCAAUGAACAGAGGAGCAUCUCUUGUAGUUUUCUACAAUUAGGGAGAUGGUAUGUGUACCGUUGCAGACAUUCCCCCUGGAUUUGCUUGCUAGACACUCUUCUUGCUCUUCUUGCCUUUGGUGUCAGGGGAAGGUACUGGAAGAAGGAAGGCACCUGUUACUUAUGUGUCCCAUUAGCAUGAGAAGUUUUCAUUUUGUGUCCAUGCUCGUUCUCUAUGGUGCCAAAAGCAGCAACAGAGCAGCUUCCAGUCCAACACCAGUGCUCUCAAUAUGCCUGUAACUAGCUCCAAAAAUAACCAAGAAAAAUACUACCAGAAAAUCUGCUUUGCAUCUACUACACUUCUGUCUGCUGCAGUACUCCCAGAAAACAGUGUGAAUGUGGAAAAAUUCAGGAGCAAUGCCAGGAUCAUGAAAUCUGUUGGGGCGUACAGUUGGACAGAAUGCUCCUCUUCUUUCACUAACUUUAUGCUUUUAUGAGUGACUUUGACACGUUCUCUAUCAAGAGUUCACAAUUUAGCUGGGUAAGGUGAUGCAGUUUGGUAGAUUUAUUAUAAUAAACAUUGACAUUUAUAUAAGGAACCUAUCUUCCUUACUAUUGGAAAAGGUCAUAAUUUGCACAAGAUUUUAAUUCCAUGGAACAGAAAACUACUGAAUAUGACUCACAGAAAUAAGUUUCAAAACCUGUUUCACAAUCAGCUACACAUUAGUCCUCAAUGAGCACUUUCCAGGAACCUAAUAGAACACAGUCCUCUGGUCUAGAGCUGGUCAACAGAUCAAUAGGAAUUGGUACAAGAAACAUCAUUUUCCAACAACAUAACACCUUGCACAGUCUUAAUCACUAGCAGCAUCAAACAGAAAUAUUAAUCCACCAAAAUUUCAAACAUGCAGUAGCCUGCAUCCAGGAAUCCAUGAUGGAGCUGAGUAUAAAGUGCCUUUUAAAGAAGAGAAUGUGUAUUUGCUACCCUCAUAUAUAUAUCUUGCACUCAUUUAGAUUUGGUCAAACCAAAAAGAUCCCCGAGUUAUCCAUUAAAGCAGGCUUUUCAACUGAACUACAAAUAAAUAGAUAGUAAAAUCAUUGUCAAUGAAGGUAAUUGUUAAACUUGCUUGAAAAUUUUAAAAACACCACAAAAAGUCAGUAGCUGUAAAAGACAAAAAC